AUGGCCUCCUUCUUCCGCUCCAAGGCCGCCUCCACCAAGACAGCGGACAGCUCCGCCUCCUCCAUCAAGUCCACCGACGCAAACAAGACACACGAGGUGAUCCUCGUCCCCGGCGAGGGCAGCACCGUCACUAAGAAGUGGGAGUAUGAUGAGCACCAGCUCGCACAGUACUCCAAGACCCUUCUCCUACCAGCCACCGACGACUACCACCCCUGGGAAGCACGUUUCCUCGCCGAUCCCGGAACGCAUCCCCGCUACAUGCGUGCGGCGAAAUGGAAGCUGUCAGACGCGAAAACGAGGAUCAAGGGGACGUUGGAGUGGAGACGGGAAUUCAAGCCCGAGUUGAUCGGCCCGGAGGACGUUGGUAUUGAGGCGGAGAGCGGGAAGAUUAUCAUCACAGGCUUCGACAAUGACGCCCGACCUAUCAUCUACAUGCGCCCCGGCCGAGAAAACACCGAAACCAGCCCCCGCCAGAUCAGGCAUCUCAUCUACAACCUUGAACGCGCACUCGACCUCAUGCCCCCUGGCCAAGAACAAGUAGCUAUCAUUGUCGACUACAAAUCAGCCACCUCCCAAUCCAACCCCUCCAUCGGCACUGCCCGCAAAGUGCUCAAUAUCCUGCAGAACCAUUACGUCGAGAGGCUCGGGAGGGGGUUGGUGGUGAAUAUGCCGUGGUGGAUCAAUGCCUUCUUUUCGGGUAUCUCGCCUUUCAUGGACCCCAUCACUAGGGAUAAGAUUAGGUUCAACCCCAAGUUGACAGAGCUCGUACCCCCUGCUCAGUUGGAUGCCGAGUUUGGUGGAGACUACAAAUUUGAAUACGACUUCAAGCACUACUGGAAAACCCUCACAGAAUUCUGCCACAUCUCCCCCGACGGUACGCGCUACAACGACCAAAAGGAAACAAUUAUCCCUCCCUCCGGCAACGGCAUCAAAGCCGCCCUCGAGGGCUACGUCCCCCGCCAAGGCGCCGUCGUCUCUGGCGAUAUCGUCAAAGCCUCCUCCUCCGGGUCCGCCGCCGCCGCCGCUGGGGGCGUGAGGAACGCCCAAGAUACAGCUGCAGGCGGCCACGGUACCGCCGUCUCUUCCGGCGCUGCGCCCCAUGGCGUCACGUCGGAAGAAGCUGAAGUUGAGGAUCAGACGGAUGCGCAAAAACUUGCUGCUGAGCAUGGGACCUCCACCCACACUGGAGCAGCAGGAGAAGGGGCAGGGGCAGGGCUGGAGAAGGAUAUGGAGAAGCUUGCGGUGGAGACGGCGCCGGGAGAGCCGGUAGGUCGGGAAGAAGCUGCUUUCGACCACAAGUCUAGUGAGAAGGAGAUCAAGGAGACGCUAGCUCAGGCUUAG